AUGGAUACUGCACAGGAGAAAAAAAGGGAACUAUCUAUUAAGGAAUUAAGUAUUGAUAAUAUUGAAGGUUAUGACGAAAUUUUGUACAGGGCAAGAGAUAAGUUUGACUAUACUCACGAAAGAAAGUUACUUAGAAGAAUUGAUUUAAGAAUUAUGCCCUUACUAAUAUUGCUUUAUCUAUUCAAAAACUUGGAUGUUAAUAACGCUAGUUAUGUUAAGACUAUGAACGUAGGCACUGGAACAAAUGUGCUAGAUGAACUAGACAUGUCAGUAAAUGAUUGGGCAUGGAUUAGUACCAUCUACACAAUUCCUUUUGUUUUAUUUGAGAUACCUUCGUCUUUGAUGUUGAAGAAAUCAACACCUCGUGUUCACCAGUUUAGAAUUGCUUUCUUAUGGGGAGCUACACUAGCAUGUCAUGCUGCUGUUAAAAAUAUGGCAGGAAUAUUGUCUUUGAGGUUUCUCUUAGGGAUGUUUGAGGCUGGAAUGUUUCCAGGUGCAUUAAGCCAACUUGCGUAUUGGUAUAGACCAGAUGAAAUCACUAUUAGAAUGGCAUUUUUAGGAGUUCUUGGACAAUUCUCUAGCAUCUUAACAGCUUUUAUAACUUAUGGAUUUCAAUUUGCAGACGGAAAAGGAGGACUAAGUGGCUGGCAAUGGGUAUUUUUAAUAGAGGGACUACUCACAAUCUUGUGCUCAUUUUUCUUACUCGCUUUCUUGCCGAACUUCCCAAGCGAUGCAAACUUCUUAACAGCAGAUGAACAAGAAUUUAUAAUGGCAAGGCUACCUAAAAAUUCUCCUAGAGCCAGUGAUAAAAAUUUUAAUAAGGAAGAUAUUAAGAAAGCUCUUAAGAGACCAUUGACAUAUAGCUUCACUUGUCUUAAAACGUUCCAAAAUUUGGGUGGGUAUGGCUUGUCUUUUUGGUUACCCUCAAUUGUUCAAAGUUUUGGGUUCACUUCAGCCAACAAAGCACAGCUAUUAUCAAUUCCUCCUGCUGUUUUAGCUAUCUUUUCGGGAAUUUUUUUUUCGUGGGUUUCGGAUAAGGGUUAUGUCUCCAAACCGUACAUUACACUCUUUUCAUUGUCCCUUGCUAUUCCGUCGUUUAUUUUUUUGACUGUGAUUACCAAUAGGGCAGUACUUUAUACAUUUAUUUGUAUUGCUACCAUGGUAAGUUCAGCAGAUGGCUCAGUUUUGACCUCUUGGAUGCAGCAGUCCUUAAUAUACUCUACAGACGUCAUGUUCUGUUUCGCAUUUACAAAUUCUUGGGCACAAAUUGGAGGAAUUAUUGGUCCUCAGAUUUUUAGAAGCGAAUAUGCGCCAAGAUAUACCCUUCCUUAUGGAAUUUCCUUGAUGUUCCUAGGUAUAGCCUUAAUUUCAUUAGCUGUAACUUGGAAUUUGACCAAUACGGUUGAAAAGCAAACAAGAAGGAUUAAAAAAUUAAGACUUCAAGAAAUUUCAAAAGGCAAUGAUGGAAAGGUAAUAUAUGAGGAUGUUAUAGUUGAUUCCAAAUAA